UCUUUGCACACUACCUUCUUUCUGGAAAUUCGGAAUCUAUCUGGACGGGUAUACCACCUGUCGCCAUCUCGCACGAGCCCUUUGUUUUUGUUUUUUCAAAGUCGAAUGAACAUGUCCAGUCUCCCACUCUUGUUGCCGAUCCGCAAUCGCCCGAAUCUUCCUUCUCCAUGCAUGGAUGGGGCAAGAGGGCCGCGCCAGGUUCCGCUUCUAGGAAGUUCCGCACAGCUCUCUCGAGAAGCACCGAGAAGGAUGGGUGAAUGGCAAAACCUGUUUGGCACGGAUCGCUACAUCAGGCAUCCCAGGAUUGCAUUGCAUUGUCGUGGGAUGAUGGGUAUCACAGCAACUACCGUACCGUGCCGUACCGCACCGAAUCACUCCAUUCAUCCAUCUAUUCUCUGUGGUCAGUCAAAUCAAUCGUGCAGGUCGGUUUCCCACGGCCAAAUUGCACCCCCACCUUGA